GAUGCUCGGUGAGCCGGUCAGCUGUCAGGAAAAUAAUAUUAUUCAGGCUGCUAACUGACGCAGAGUGUUUUCCAAUUGUUUUAAUUUCAGUUUCAGGCACAUCGUUAUCAAUAUGAAUAACAAUCUAUAACAUCUAUAGUAAAUUAAUAAAACGACAACACUGUAGCCAGCAUCGCCGUUUUGUGUGCAGGGCUGGAGUUCGAACUGAAUUGACAGAAAGCGAAUUAACGUUACUAGCUUGCUAGCUAAUAAGGUCGAUGAUUUCCGUCGAGUUUUUAAAAACGGGAUUCAGCUCACAGCUAGGCUGACGUUAAUUGUAAUAUUUAGCGUUUAUUUGUCGUUAGGUAGUGGUAAAUAAGUGUUCAGGAAGGUUGGUGCGUUAGCUAACUACCUUAUGUAGCGAGUUAGCCAGCUGGCUAGCCUAACGUCUAUUUUGCUAGCUAGCUAAGAAGCUGGUCGGUCCACGGCCUAGCUUAGCCCCGAUUUCCCGACAGUGUAUGAUCUUCCAGAAGCAAUCAAACUGGACAAGACGUUGGAUCUUGUUGGAUACAAGCCCGGUUCUGCCGGGGCGCUGACCCCCCAAAAGAAGAUGAAGAAGCGGAAAGAGCUGAACGCGCUGAUUGGCAUCGGAGGGGACAGCAAAAGGAAGAAAACGAAGAAAGGCUCGGGUCACCGCCUGCUGCGGACCGAGCCUCCGGAUUCGGAUUCCGAGUCCAGUUCGGAUGACGACGAAUUCAGUAACAUCAGCAGUGUCGCCGCUUUUGGGAAGAGGAGCUACGCACAGUGCUGCAGCCUGUGCUACCCGCUGUGCGCCUUCGUCAUCCUGGCGGCCUGCGUGAUGGCCUGCGCGGGGCUGGUGUGGAUGCAGAUCGCGCUGAAGGAAGACCUCGACUCGCUGAAGGAGAAAUUUCACAUCAUGGAUUCAGGGCAGAAGGCCUCCGCCCACGAGCUUCCUCGGCUGGGGGAGGAGCUGAAGGAUAAGGGGCGUGUUCUGGAGGACAUCGUCAGCGGUGACCGCGGUCUCAGCCGGCUGUGGGCCAACCUGACGGAGAUCAACAGAAAGAUCAGUGCUCUGGACUCUGCAGUCAAUCACCUGAAAGCCAACAUUAAGUCAGCCUCUGACCUCAUUAACCUGCCCACCACCGUGGAGGAGCUGCAGAAGAGUGUGGCUACGAUCGGCAGCACUCUGACCAGCGUGCAGCACGACCUGAGGACCGUGCAGACCGAUGCUGAGCUGCAGAAACAGGCUGUGGACCUUCUGAAGAGUCUGGAUAAAGAUGGCAAAGAACCAAAGAGCAGUUUGAGAUCCUCUGCUGAAAAGCCUCCUAAUUGCUCGACUUGCACAGACAUAAAACAGGAGAUGCUGUACCUGCAGGACUCUGUAGGGGAGGUGAACUCCACACAGGUACAGCUGCGCUCUCAGGUGGAGGAGCGCAUGAGUGGGUUUGGCUCCUCCCUCUCCAACCUGUCACUCAGAGUGUCAUCCCUGGAGAGUGGGCUCCUCCUCCUGGGGGCGGAGCCAGGGACGCUGCGCAAUGCCAGCUCAACGGACUCCAGGGCAGAGAUGCUGAGGCUGAGGUUGGAGUUUCUAAGCGCUUUGAGCAGUAAGAGUGUCAGCGCCACCCUGCCAGAGCCCCGCCCACUGAGCCCCUCCCCACCAGAGCUCCGCCCCUCUGCACACAGCACCACAGUAAAACCUGUCCAACAUUUAAAGGAGACCCGUCCUGUGGAGGGGGGUGUGGCCAGGCCAGAAGUAGCAGAGCGCAUGGCUCCAGCUCAGGACUCCGCCCCCAGGGAGGGAGUGAGACCCGCCCAGUCUGGGAGCUCCGCCCCCACCCCAGAAGGUUCCACAGCCUCGGAUCCUACCAGACGCCCCGCCUUCCUGUCCCAGAGCAUCACCAAAAAAGACCUGGGCAUGACCAACCCUGUGCCCCUCUCCUUCCCUGGAGUUCACUCUCUCUCAGAUUUUGAAAAGUUGUUUGCGGGGCUGAAAGAGGCUCCGCCCCCUGAAGGGUGGUCCUACGAGGAGCUGAGGGUGCUGAUUGGAGAGGGGAUCCCAGAUAGCUACGCCCUGCAGCCAUUUGACCAGAAUGGAGAUAAGAAGUUCUCCAAGGCGGAGCUUCAGGCCGCAGCGGGCGUGUGAGGGGCGUGGCCAGGAGCACUGGUGGAAUGCCUGUUAAUGAUGUCACACUUGUACACACUUGUUCUGCACUCCUGUGGGUGUGCUAAUACACACACACUCUCACACACAUGCUCUCACGGACACACACCCCUCACACAGACACACACAUACACACUCACGCACAUACACAGACACACACAGUCAAUCACACACACACACACACACACACACACACUUACUUACAAGGACACACAGUCUAUCACACACACACACACUCUGCAGCUCACCAGUGGUUGCCAGAUCUUCCCGUUCGCAGUCUCAACCCAGCCUUUAUAUUUUUUAAGAGCUGUGAGCACAGAGAGUCCAGGUGACUGUUAGAUUUUAGUCUUGAGGUGAGAUCAUUUGAUCAUUUCCACAAUUUCGCAGUCCUUCCUGCUUGGUUUUAUUUGGUAAUUUUGCGUGUUAAUUUAUUGGCUGCAGGACAUCAGCGCUGCUUCCUCCUCUUCCUCCUCCUCCUUACAUGUGGAAGGGCUAUAAAUACAAGCUUUUUUAGCUGCUUGAAGAAAUGUCAGUAUUUUAACUGUAAAAACAUACCAUGCGCAGCAAUAACAGUCAGGACUUUGUAGAACAUGGAUUGUGUGUGUGUGUGUGUGUGUGUGUUUGGGGGGGGGUGUGCGUACACACACACACACACACAGUUACACGCAUACGCACACACACACACCUGCACACACGUACGCACACUCCCACACGCAUGCACACACGCACCUACACACGUAUGCGCACACACACAGACGGAAGCACAGGUAAAGCAGGUAGGAUGUGAUGCACUGAGCGCGUGCAGACGGCUGGGAGGAGGUCACAGGAUGCUUAGCUGGGGUCAGAGGUCAAAUGCUUUAGGUACCCUGAACCCCGUAUGUCACUCACACCUGUCUCUCUUCAUGUAAAUAUGGUCCUUUUAACUGCAGCUUUAUGUACAAAGCAAGGUAGUCUUUCCUCUGGGGGGUCUGUGUAAAAUAUUCAUAGCACUGUACAUUCUGAUGGGAAUGAUUUUAUUAACUUGUGCUUUUGCAUGUUGCACAUACUGUAACAUGAAUAAAUGUCUAAUUUAUCCAA